CAGUGGGGACUCCGACAGCUCCUGUUCUGCCCUCUCCCUCAGGUAGUGGGUGCAGCCAGCGGGAUUUACGCCCAUGAUUCAGACUCACACAGCAGGAAGAGUUACAUCACCAGAGGGCAAACACUCUCUCUGCCGUUAGGUAGGGAGAAAAAACACAAAACCCCACCUGCCUGUCUUAACCCUCUUCUACACUCACCUCACCUGGGUUACUUACAGAGGACACUUUCUCAACCAACAAACCUGACAGGGUCUCUACUGAUAAGGAUUAUAAGACUCAGUUGAACAAGCCCCAUCAUGUCAGGAGAAACAGUGUCACGGUCUACAGGUAUCAGCCCUAGCCUGGCUUCCUGAUAGAGACAGACGUGUGGGUGUGGGAUACAGAUGCCCUGUGUACACAGCAGUACAGAGCAUUUUUUCUAAGAUGGUAGACUGCAUUUAGGCUUAAUCUCAGAAGUGAACCAAAGGACAUCAACAGGACCAGGUAAGAUGCCACUGAAGACGUCUCUGUGCCGUAAGCCAGCCUCGGCCCGCUGGUCUAGGACCCAGAAGCGCAGGGAGGUGCUCUCUGUCAACAUGAUCAGCCUCCCAUUGGCCGACUUCUGCCACGUUGCCCACAUCGGGAACAAUGCCAGCAGUGACAGCUUUGGGGACCUGUCCUUUCUGAAGGGGGGCCACAGCCUGAUACUGCACAGCUCUCAGAGCGAACAUAACCUCUUCCUGGCCUGCUACCCUCCACCUAAACCCCCACGACUUAACCUGGGUGAGGCCGAGGCCCUAAAGAUCCCAGAGUGGACCAGGGCCCACUUGAGCCACAGCGCCUCCGAGAGGAAGAAGGAGUACAGCUCCUUGCCCAUGCUGGACAGUGAGGAGGGCGAGGGGUCGAUCGAGGCCAGUGUUAGCCCCAGCCACGGGGUCAUGGUCAGUAGCUACAGUCCUGGCCAAGGCAGUCUGAGCUCUGGCAGGGAUGGAGAUUCCACUCAGACCUGCCAUGAGGACACACUGCAGCUGGAUGAGGUGGACAACAGCUUCUCCUUCAGCCUGGACCUGGGCCCCUCCAUCCUGGACGACGUGCUGCAGGUCAUGGACAGGCUCCAUUAGAGGAACAGCCAGACAAACAUGGGUCCUCAGCAAGAGACUUCACUGACAUAAUUAUAUGUGACUGGCAUUAGAACACUCAAAACUGUCCUAGGAUAUGAACAGCUGACAUUAAAAAAAAAACUCUUGACUGAAAGAAACAAUGUCAGAACAUUUGAAACACCAUGGGGAUAUAAUCUCAAUCUUUGGAUUAGCUGACUGUGGCUAAAUUAUAUCAGAUGCAAUGGACUCAAAAAGUAAUGGAUGAGAUGUGGACAGAACUGUAACUACAAAGAGAUCCUCCUCCAUUUCAUGUGAGGUAAUCUAACACAGUGGUUCCCAACCUGGGGUAUGUAGUGCUUUCAGAAAGUAUUCAGACCCCUUGACUCUUCCCACAUUUUGUUACGUUACAGCCUUAUUCUAACAUGGAUUAAAUCGUGUUCCCCCUUCAAUUUACACACAAUACCCCACAAUACCCCAACACACAAUGCCUUUUACUGUGGCCAGCUCUGUCUUGGUGGUUCCAAACUUCUUCCAUUUAAGAAUGAUGGAGGCCACUGUGUUCUUGGGGACCUUCAAAGCUGCAGAAUUUUUGUUGUAGCCUU